UAUCUACACCGUUUCCAACAUUGAAUAUGUGAAGGUGUCACUUUAAAAGAAACUAGCCCUGAUUGUGGGCAUUAUACACAUGAGUAGCCCUCGAAUUAGCCUCGAGAUCGAAAACGUCUUAUAUGUCUUGAAGUGGGUGGAUAUUACGAUUAUUUGACUAAGUUGUUACUUUUGUGCCUACGAUAACAAUUAUAUGCUCGAACUAUUACUUACUUAAACUGACCUACAGUUCUUAAGUCUGAACGAGAUUUUUCCUCAUGAAGAAUGAAAACAUGAUCGUAUUUACAAAGUAUAUGUUUUAUAAAGAAGCAUCGAAAUUUGCUAUUUUCAUUGAAUUAGUCGCUUGACAAGGUUGUGCACGUGAUACGAUUCGGAACUUGGGUAUAUCCUUGAAGACAUCCUCCAUCAGACGGACGGGUGGACGGACGGAUGGUCGAGAUGGGGUCGAUGUACAUGAACGACAACCUGCUCACUGGCAACCUCAUCUCCACGGGCUACCGGAAGUUCUGGACGGUGCAGACGAACGACCCACGAGAAAAAAAAUGCCAUGGAAACGUACAAACUGUCAGACAUAGGUCCAAAUCUUGCGGGGCUGUCACGAGGGCAACAAGGGUCCGUGGACCAAGUGAUACUGUCGGUAAUGAGGAACGAGCAGCUGGCAUAUCGUCACGUGAUACUAAGGGAUACACACAGCAACGGUCGACCGGAAGAAGAGCGGUGUUUGGCGAUAGUGUGCUGGUGGUGACGAACGCCGGGGAGGAGAGGAGAGCGGAGGUCAGGGGGCACGUGACGACCGGGGGUGACCGGAAGUCGACGGAUAUCGAGCUUGACGUUGCGAGAAACGGCGUUGAACUGUCUUGGAGGAACAUGGUCGGACCGCAAGCAAACUCGGGCUUCGCCAGGCUUGACAUGAAGACGCUUCAGGAGAUUGGCUGGGUGUCAGGCGCGGACGAGAACACCAAACAACUAACUAACGCAGAAGACCUCUACAAGCUGACCAAGGUGGAGUUCAAGCGUCUGCAGGACCAAGUUCGUGACGUCAGCAUCAGCAUCCGCAACAAGUUCAGGACUUCGGCCUAUCAGUCUCCUUCCGGUGACACAGCGAACGGCCAGAAGCUGUAUCAGCGCCCGGCGGCCGAGAACCCAGCACAGGUGUACCGCAGCCAGCUGGCGGCGUCCCUCCGCGCCUUCCAGCAGCGCCAAUGGCAACCCCUUAAUCAUCAGGAGCUUGACACAAACUACAUCCGCUGUAAACCCGUCCAGCCCGCCGCCCAUAAUGAGAGACCAUCUACUUCCUGUUCCGUACGCGGUAGCGGAACGACGGCCACUCGGCUCCAGCGGCCAAAGUCAGUUCCGGCAUCUUCCCUGCGCCCCAAGAGCGGGCGGCGGGGCGACACUCCGUCCGGCGUCCGCCCAGGCAAGUUCGACACCCUCAGUCCCAUGGUCAUAUCUGAGUUAAUGGGCGAGGAAGAACGACCAACUUCCGGUUAUGAAACACGUGCAGACGAUAAAUCGCCUUUUGUCGACGAGCUUGUCGAGGAAACUAAGAAACUUAUAGAGAAUGACGAUACUAGUACAACUUCCGGAAUCGAUUCCGGUGCUUCAGAUAACGAGAGUCCUAGUUCUGAUGAAGAUAGUGACUUUGAACCAGAGAUUGAUAAGGACAUUGAUAUUCCACAGCUGAAUCUACGGCCAGAAAAACUUGACGCUUUAUACAUACCGGAACCGAAACGUGGCUGGCGCCAGUACGACUUUGACAUGUCGAAUAUUGAUAUACCCCCUUACGAAUUCGAGAGUCCAUUCCCGAGUCAUAUUGAAGACUUGGACUUACGACAGAUGGCGAAAUUCAAGUGGAACUGGCGGAAUCACGUCAAGGUGAAAACUGACAAUGACUCUGAUCUAGGUGGUAUACUCGAUAGACUAGUAGAGUUUGAAAAACUUCAACUGGAUACAAUAGAAUGGGAAAACAAGCGGGCUUCUCAAUUGAAAAAGCAGGCGACAAAGAGAAACGGUAGUGCAAAGCCCGUGAUAAAAGACAAACGUUGUGAUCCUAACUGUCUGCAGGCCACGUGCUUUGGGGACUGCCCCGAGAAACUCGUGCAAUCGAAUACGUGCGAGAUAUGUAGACAGGGGUACUGUACGGGCACGUGCAAGGAGACUAAGUACGAACAGCGCAUGCGCCAGUCGCGCCAAGAAGAGGAGCGGCCAGUAACUCCAAAGUCUCCGUUCCCGCGCGCGUGCCCCUCGUGCCAGAGGAGGCACAACGCAAAAUUCAUUAACGCUAAUAAUUUGGUGAUUGGGACUCAACGUUUUAACAACGCGACGUUCACUCGAGGGCAGAGUUCAAUGAAGGCGAGAGACGUUCGGCCACGGACACCGGCCACGCUCUCCAAGGAUGUGCUGCAAGAGUUUGAAAAACUUAACAUAGAAGCAACUCAGCCAUCCCGACCCCAGACCGCCGGCGUUGCCCGCCCGCGCAGUCGCAACGCACUAUUCCCCGGGAAAAGUUUUUACUCACAGAGAAAGAAUUCGCUCACUGAACUUGAUAAAGUUGGUGUUGCCAAGAAAAAACAAAGAGUGAAAAGUUGUACUCGACUCAAGCGACCUAAAACUGCCGGAUAAACUGUGCUUUUUAUGUUUAUAAUGCUUUAUUUGUUGCAUUUCAUUGCAUAAAUUUUAGAGACGUAACUUAUUUAUAUACUAAACUAUUUAUUGUACUGUAAUGGCAAACAGUUUAAAACUUUUUAUUCGCACAAUAUGUGCUACACUUCUACAAAAAGCUUAUUUCUGUAUGCAUCAUUAUAUUAAUGACAAGCGGUUAAACAUAGUAUAGUAAUGAAGAAGAUUAAUAAAUUAAUUCUGUACACUCAACAGCGUUGCUUUAUUUGAAAUGGAUCGGAGUUCUAGAAAUAACGGGAUGUAUUAGGUGUUCAACAAGGGUUUUUUGUUUAUAUUUACCAUUAUCACGU